GCAUCAAACUUAAGCAAUUAAGCAUCAUAAUUAAGCUAAGUUAAGUUCCAAUUAAGCAUAGUAAUUAAGCAAAGUUAUUACAACAUGUGUGUUGUGUUUUGUUUGUUUGAGGUGAGUGAGUGCUUCGGUCUAUAUUUCAUGUCGGCUUUCUUCAGUUCACAUUCACACACAAAAGAAAAGUAACAAAAGUUCUCUUGCUUUUCCUCUCUCUCUCUCUCUCUCUCUCUCUCUCUCUCUUUCAAUAUAGUUGCUGGAACUACAAGGUGAAUUCCAUAAGGCAUAUUUGUAUCUCGGGAUUUUAGCUUGGUGGGCACCGUCAGUUUCACUUGGUCUUGUGGUUUUGAGCUGAAAGUUUUGAUUUUGGCGUUUGGAUGUGUGUGUAGGUGUGGAGCUAGCAGCAAUUAGUUGCAUUUCAGGGUAAAAGGGAAAGAUUUUCGUUGAUAGGCUCUGUUGGAGAUUCUUCAACUUGGUGUAGUGCUGCUGAUACUAUUGGAUGAUGGAUUGCAGCUAGAAUUGUCUUGUUGAGCUUGUUGCUAGAGAAGGCAAGGUGUUGAUUUUGUUUGGGGUCAUCAUUUCUUGUAGGUUGAAAUGAAGGCUCCAUCCAAUUGUUACUUGCCAAAUUCUGGUGAAGGGGAAAGGAAGACCAUCAAUUCAGAAUUAUGGCAUGCUUGUGCUGGACCUUUGGUUUCUUUGCCUCCUGUUGGAAGUCUUGUGGUUUACUUCCCGCAAGGACACAGUGAGCAAGUUGCAGCUUCCAUGCAAAAGGAGACUGACUUCAUACCCAGUUACCCUAACCUUCCCUCCAAGUUGAUUUGCAUGCUUCACAAUGUUGCGCUGCAUGCUGAUCCUGAAACUGACGAAGUCUAUGCACAAAUGACCCUUCAGCCUGUAAACAAAUAUGAUAAGGAUGCAAUACUGGCAUCAGACAUGGGUCUCAAACAAAACCGACAACCUACAGAGUUCUUUUGCAAAACUCUUACAGCUAGUGAUACAAGCACUCAUGGUGGAUUUUCUGUGCCUCGUAGAGCAGCUGAGAAAAUAUUCCCCCCCUUGGAUUAUUCUAUGCAACCUCCCGCUCAGGAGCUUGUUGCCAAAGAUUUGCACGACACUACAUGGUCAUUUAGACAUAUUUAUCGGGGACAACCAAAGAGGCAUCUGUUGACUACUGGUUGGAGUGUAUUUGUCAGCACAAAAAGACUAUUUGCUGGAGAUUCUGUUCUUUUUAUCAGAGAUGAAAAACAGCAACUUCUUUUAGGCAUAAGGCGUGCUAAUAGACAGCAACCAGCACUUUCUUCAUCAGUAAUAUCCAGUGACAGCAUGCACAUUGGCAUUCUUGCUGCAGCAGCUCAUGCUGCUGCAAAUAACAGCCCAUUUACUAUAUUUUACAAUCCAAGGGCCAGCCCCUCAGAAUUCGUUAUUCCAUUGGCCAAGUUUAACAAAGCCAUGUACACUCAAGUUUCUCUAGGGAUGAGAUUUAGGAUGAUGUUCGAAACAGAGGAGUCUGGAGUACGCAGACAUAUGGGUACAAUCACUGGGAUUAGUGACUUGGAUUCUGCCCGAUGGAAAAGUUCACAGUGGCGCAAUCUUCAGGUUGGAUGGGAUGAAUCAACAGCUGGUGAGCGCCCGAGCAGAGUUUCAAUUUGGGAAAUUGAACCAGUAGUGACUCCUUUCUAUAUUUGUCCACCUCCAUUUUUUAGGCCUAAGUUUCCCAGACAACCAGGAAUGCCAGAUGACGAGUCUGAUAUAGAAAAUGCUUUUAAGAGAGCUAUGCCAUGGCUUGGGGAUGACUUUGGCAUGAAGGAUGCCUCAGGUUCAAUCUUCCCUGGUUUGAGUUUAGUGCAGUGGAUGAGCAUGCAGCAGAAUAAUCAGUUCUCUGCUGCUCAAUCAGGAUGUUUCCCACCCAUGCUUUCUCCUAAUACUCUGCAUAGUAACCUUGGCACGGAUGACCCAUCCAAGCUACUCAGCUUUCAAGCUCCUGCCCUCUCUGCACCAAGUCUUCAAUUUAAUAAACCUAAUUUACCAAACCAAAUCAACCAGCUGCACCAGUCCCCAGUAUCAUGGCCUCAGCAGCAGCAGCAGCAGCAACAACAACAGCAGCAGCAGCAGCAGCAGCUACAGCUGCAACAUCAACAGCAGCAGCAGCAGCUACAACAACAGCAACAACAACAACAGCAGCAGCAGUUACAGCAACAGCAACAACAGCAGUUACAGCAACAGCAAUCACAACAGCAACAGCUACAGUCAUUGUUGCAAAUACCAAUGAACCAGCUCCAGCAACCAAGGCAACAACAGCUGCCUGAACCCAAGAACUUGCCAUUGCCGCAGCAACAAUUGCCUCAGCAGCUAGGACAGCAGUCACAAAAAGCUAUUAUGAGUAAUGGUGUAGUUGCUUCUAACCAGAUUACAAAUCAGCUUGUACUUCAGCAACAGCAAUUGCUCUCGGGAGGUAUCUCACCACAACAAAGUAUUCACUCAGCUAGUAAGACUACAUUCCCACUCACAUCCCUACCACAAGAAUCGCAAUUUCUGCAACAAAUCGACCAGCAAGCUAGCCUCUUACAGAGGCAGCAGCUUCCCCAACAGACACAGUUGCAACAAUCUUCACUGCAUUUGUUGCAACAAAACCAGCCACAGAGGGCACCACAACAGCCACCAGUGGCUACAAUGUCGCAGCAAACUCCCUCAGAGCAACAGCUACACCUACAGUUACUACAGAAAUUGCAGCAGCAUCAGCAGCACCAACAACUUCUUUCCACAUCUAGCCCGCUUUUGCAGCCUCAGCUUCUGCAACAACAAAGUACUCCCCAACAAAACCAGCAAUUAACACAGCUGCCUGCAUCUCAGCAUCAGACUCAACAGCUUGGGAAUAAUGCAUUUUCAACAGAGAAGGUACUCAAUAGCAACAGCUUCUCUUCUUCUCUUAUGCAACCACACCAGCUUCCUGUGAACCACCCCCAGAAUACACAGAAAUCGCUUGCAAUCACUAGAGCCCCCUCUACACUUACAGAUGGAGAUGCCCCAUCAUGCUCAACCUCUCCAUCUACUAAUAACUGCCAGAUAUCUCCAUCAAAUCUCCUGAAAAGAAAUCAACAAGUACCUGCUACAUUAGGGGGUAGUUUGGUAGUGGAGUCCACUAGUAAUCUGAUACAGGAGCUUCAGAGUAAGUCUGACAUGCAGAUAAAAAAUGAGUUCUCAAAUGUGAAAGGGUUUGACCAGCUUAAGUAUAAAGGGACAAUCACUGAUCAGAUGGAAGCUUCUUCUUCUGGAACAUCUUACUGUCUUGAUCCUGGUAAUGUCCAGCAGAGCUUACCACUUUCCAACUUUUGUAUGGAAGGGGAUGUCCAAUCACACUCUAGAAGCAAUCUACCAUUUGACUCUAAUCUUGAUGGUCUAACGCCUGAUCCUGUGCUUAUGAGGGGGUAUGAUUCUCAGAAAGAUCUUCAAAACAUGUUGUCUAAUUAUGGUGGUGCCCCGAGAGACAUUGAAACUGAGCUGUCAACUGCUGACAUCAGCUCACAGUCGUUUGGAGUGCCAAACAUGCCUUUUAAUCCUGGUUGCUCAGGUGAUGUUGGCAUUAAUGAUACUGGGGUUUUAAAUAAUGGCUUGCGGGCUAACCAAACUCAACGAAUGCGAACAUAUACUAAGGUUCAAAAGCGUGGCUCUGUUGGAAGAUGUAUUGAUGUCACCCGCUACAAGGGCUACGACGAACUCCGGAAUGAUUUGGCUCGAAUGUUUGGCAUUGAAGGGCAGCUUGAAGAUCCUCAAAGGACUGACUGGAAAUUGGUAUAUGUAGAUCAUGAAAAUGACAUUCUUCUUGUUGGUGAUGACCCUUGGGAAGAAUUUGUAAGCUGUGUCCAGAGCAUAAAGAUACUGUCAUAUACUGAGGUGCAGCAAAUGAGCUUGGAUGGAGAUUUAGGUAACGUUCCAAUCCCCAAUCAAGCUUGCAGUGGCACAGACAGUGGCAAUGCAUGGAGGGGACCGUAUGAUGAUAACUCUGCAGCCUCGUUUAAUAGAUAAACAUGUCAAACACAAACAAUUUGGGGCAGUCAACUUGUUCAUUUGAGUGGUGGUAUGAACCACCUUAACCUUUAAAACUCUUGGUUGGUGCUUCUCUAUAUCUCAAAUGGAAAGGAGAUAUAUUCAUUACAAGUGGUAGAGUUGAUGGGGUGUUGUACAAGAGGUGGACUUUCACAAUUGGAUCCUAGUUCUCUAUCACUACCAGUUAGAUGGUGAGAAGUUUAGGUCUUGAUAUGUACCUAGGGUGGAUUCUUUAACACAAUGUCACAGAUCCAACCUUGGAACCAGCUUCCUAGUGGAUGCUGGGUUAGGAUUUUUAUUUUAUUAAUAUUGUCCAAGUUACAGCAGUAUAGUUCAGCUAGUAUAUUAUGUGAAUCAUUCUUAUAUAAGAUUAACUUUACUUAACUCUGUAAAUCUUGUGAUGGCCAAAGUGAAAUACAGAAGUGAGUUGUGUAGGUGAUGACUGGUAUUACUAAGAAUGUAUGCCAGUUCUAGCUAAGUGCCUAUGUUGGCAAAAGCCCUUAUGAAUGAAAAGCUCUGUUCUUUUUAACCUUUUCA